AAAGUGCGCUUAUUACCUGCAGCCAUCCAUUUUCUGGUCUGUUCUCUGGCUCUCUGGGCUGUAGUGACUCAAGUGCUACGAUACGGCAGUGAGUCUUGCACAAUCAUUAAGGAGAUUGACUCGCCUACGACAACUUCUCAGAAGCCCUCAACAUACAAACCCGAUGUGUACCGCCCCAAAACACUGGCGCCAGGUGUCAGUUCCUGUUACUGUGGGACCACGAUCCGGGAAGCAAUGUCUCUCGGGUGUAUAUACGAUUCAUUGUCGGUAGCUUGGUUGCCAUCUUAUUGCAGGGACGAGCAGCUGACAGUGGAGUUUGAGCAUGCCGGGCCAGGUAUCGAUGGUGCCUGGAGCUACUUCCGUGACAGGAAAGGCCUCAUAUCGAUCAACAAGACCGAGAUGGCCGCUUUGGCUGAACUUGGCGGCACUUUCUGGGCGUCUCAGGACUGGCAUAUUGCUCAUUGUCUGUUUUAUUGGCAGAAAUAUGUCCGCAUGAGGGACACCGGUGCUGUCAUGGAAGCCUUCUUUGAUUCGCUUCACCAUGCUAAGCAUUGCACUCGCUUGAUCAGGAACCCUGCCCCUGGUCCCUUUGUCCUUAUUGAGGUUGAUCCAAGACUGAAUUCAAGC